UCGGAUUCGGCUUCAAAACCCCUCCCCGCAGAACCCUCCAUUUCCUCUUUUCUAUUUAAACUAGUUUUUUCUCUCUUCUGCAAUUUCCUUCGGCCCAUUCGUCUUCUUUCCUCUGUAGUCUUCUCAAGUCGACUUCUUUUCAUCUGUCAAGGUGAGUGGGUUUGUGUGCUUUGAUCCAUAAAACCUAAUUUGCAAGGAUGAGUGUGGUUGGAUUUGACUUUGGGAAUGAGAGCGGUGUUGUUGGUGUUGCAAGGCAGAGAGGAAUUGAUGUGGUGCUCAAUGACGAGUCCAAUCGGGAGACUCCGGCAAUUGUUUGUUUUGGUGAAAAACAGAGAUUCCUUGGGACUGCUGGGGCUGCAGUUAGCAUGACGAAUCCUAAAAAUACUAUUUCUCAGAUAAAGCGACUCAUUGGACGCAAAUAUUCAGAUCCUGAGCUCCAACUGGAUUUGAAGGCCUUGCCGUUUUCUGUAACUGAAGGGCCUGAUGGGUACCCGUUAAUUGAAGUGAGGUAUUUAGGUGAAUCUAAAACAUUUACACCAACACAAAUAUUGGGAAUGGUACUUACAGAUCUUAAGAGAAUUGCUCAGAAAAACUUGAAUUCCGCUGUGGUUGAUUGUUGCAUCGGUAUCCCAGUAUACUUCACUGACCUUCAAAGGAGGGCUGUUAUUGACGCUGCUAAAAUCGCAGGUCUCCACCCACUUCGAUUAAUUCACGAAACAACUGCAACAGCUUUGGCUUAUGGAAUUUAUAAGACUGAUCUACCUGAGAAUGACCAACUGAAUGUUGCAUUUGUUGACAUUGGGCAUGCCAGUAUGCAAGUUUGUAUUGCUGGUUUCAAGAAAGGACAGCUCAAGAUAUUAGCUCACUCUUUCGACAGGUCACUGGGUGGUAGAGAUUUUGAUGAAAUACUCUUCCAGCAUUUUGCUGCCAAGUUUAAAGAAGAAUACAAGAUUGAUGUUUUCCAAAAUGCUAGAGCUUCCAUCCGUCUCAGGACUGCUUGUGAGAAGCUGAAGAAAAUACUCAGUGCAAAUCCGCAGGCUCCCCUGAACAUUGAGUGCUUAAUGGACGAGAAAGAUGUCAAAGGUUACAUUACAAGGGAGGAGUUUGAGCAGAUAAGCAGUUCAAUUUUGGAUCGUGUCAAGGAGCCUCUGGUGAAGGCUUUAGCGGAAGCUGGCUUAACCAUUGAGAAUAUUCAUGCAGUUGAGGUGGUGGGUUCCGGUUCUCGUGUACCUUCCAUAAUGAGGAUACUGGCAGAAUUUUUUGGGAAGGAACCUCGUCGUACAAUGAAUGCAAGUGAGUGUGUUGCUAAAGGUACCGCUCUGCAGUGUGCAAUUCUUAGCCCCACAUUUAAAGUGCGAGAAUUCCAGGUCAAUGAGAGCUUCCCUUUUCCAAUUGCAUUGUCUUGGAAGAGUUCAGUUGGUGAUGCUCAAAGUGGAGAUGAAGGUAAAGAGCAAGAACAUAUUGUUUUCCCCAAGGGUAAUCCCAUCCCUAGUGUGAAGGAUCUCAUAAUUUACCAGUCUGCGACCUUUGAGGUUGAUGUUCAUUAUGCUGACGUCAGUGAAUUGAAGGCACCGACUCAGAUCAGUAAAUACACGAUUGGACCUUUCCAAUCAACAAACGGAGAGAAGGCUAAACUUAAGGUCAGGGCACGCCUAAAUCUACAUGGAACUGUUUCUAUUGUUUCUGCAACACUCAUUGAAGAAGAGGUUGAUGUUCCAGUUGUCAAAGAGGAGUCAAUUAAGGAACCUACCAAGUUGGAUACUGAUGAGACUUCUGGUGAUGGGGUCUCACCUGCAAAUGAAACGGACGUAAACAUGGAAGAAACUAAAAGUGCUGAAAAUGGUGUUCCAGAGUCUGGAGAUAAGCCUGUUCAAUCUGAAGCAGACACAAAGGUGAAUGCUCCAAAGAAAAAGUUGAAGAAAACAGAGGUUACUGUAUCUGAGUUAAUUUACGGAGGAAUGGCUACUGAAGAAGUACAGAAGGCAGUGGAAAAGGAGCAUAACAUGGGUUUGCAAGAUCGCCUCAUGGAAGAAACCAAGGACAAAAAGAAUGAAGUGGAGGCCUAUGUUUACGACAUGAGAAAUAAGCUUUCUGACAAGUACCAAGAGUUUGUUACUGAUUCUGAGAGAGAAGAGUUCAGUUCCAAACUACAAGAGGUGGAGGACUGGCUAUAUGAAGAUGGGGAGGAUGAAUCAAAAGAAGUUUACAUUGCAAAACUUGAAGAACUUGGAAAGCAAGGGAAUCCCAUUGAAGCCCGUCACAAGGAGUAUUCAGAGAGGACUAUGAUGGUUGAUCAACUCAUUAAUUACAUCAAGUUCUCCAGAGAGCAAGCAAUGUCAAAUGACCCCAAAUUUGAUCACAUUGAUCUAUCGGAGAAGGAAAAGGUUUUGAAAGAGUGUGUGGAAGUUGAGUCAUGGUUAAGAGAGACACAGCAGCAGCAGGAAGCACUCCCAAAAUUUGCAGCUCCUAUUCUGUUGGCGGCGGAUGUGAAAAAGAAAGGGGAAGAACUAGCUGGAGUUUACCAUUCUAUAUUCUCAAAACCGAAAGCCACUAAGCCUGCUUCUCCUGAGAACCAUUCUCAUGCUCAUGGAGAAAGCUGUUGUCACGAUCACGAUGGUGGGAAUUGUGGGUCGGCUGGAGCUGGAGAAGGAGGUGAAGAAGACGUAGAAGAACAAGUAGCACCAGAAUCUGAUCCCAUGGAAACUGACAAUCACACUGAAACUUCUUCUUGAGGAGGAGGAGGAAGAUGGUUAAGUUUUGGUAAACUGUUUUUAGUAUAUUAUUGAACUCUCUCGUUUGGGCGAAAGAUUGAUUAUCUGUUCGGAUUUUUAUUAUAUUCUUCAAAUAGCGUACUGAAAUCCCAUUUUUUUUGAAAAUUGUUUUUCCUUGGGACUACGGAAGAAGAGAAACAAUAGUGCAAAUUAUAGUUUAUUUAACAGCACCUAUGUUUCCUUUAAUUUUGUAUCAAUCUGGUUUUCUUUU